AUGUUGGGGAUGCGAGUGAAGCGCGCACCCCUGUUGCUUCACCGCCAAGUGUUGAGCCAAGGCUGUCAAUGGAAGAAUCUUCUGAAAGGAAGUCGCAGCAUAUCGUCCUGGAACAGGUGGGGCCCAAAGUGCCCACCAGGUUCAUUUCUUGGAAGCCAGGUGGCUAAGUAUCAAACAGGCUUCCCAGAAGUGGCUGCAUCAGCGAAAAUACAGUUGUUGGUGGAUGCAGAUGUGCAUGGUAUCGAAGUUAUCAGGCAGGGAAUCAGCUGCUUGGAAAAGGAGGGCUAUGAAGUUCACACUUUGCUGUUUGCCCCACCCAGACGGGAGUCCAACAGGAAUUGGAAACGUUUCAUCAGCGAGCCUGGCGUCACUUUUUGUGCAGUACCGCGGGCAACUACAUACUCAACCGAACCAAACGAGGAGGCUAUUGUGUCAGCAAUGAUGAGAUUUUCUCCCCGCAUGCAUGGCGCCGGAAGAUUGGCGCUGCUGACAUCAGAUGCUGGCUUUGUUGGUUCUGUUGCCGAGGCAAAGGCGUUUGUGCUUAUCCCCGAAGGCAAAACUGGAGUCGUGAACAAGUAUGAGGCUGCCGGAGUGCAAGUAAUAAAACUUCAGGAAACUGAUGCAGCGCCCAAGGUCCGUGCAAUUCUCCAUGAUGAUGGCUCUGGGUCCGUGCAGAUGGCUGAAGCUUGCAACAAAUCGACCCACCCUCCUCCACAUGAGAUUGUGGAGGCUUUUUUUGAGGAUCUUGGCCUCAAGGCAGAUCAGGGCUUCCUGAUUCAAAAGUGCGCGAAGUUCUGGUUUGAAAAUUGUUCUGGCUCAAUAACAGUUUACCCCCCUCAUCUUGCCACCAUUGCUGUGCAUGAUGUCAUGCACAAGGUGAAGUGCUAUUCUGGGAAGGUCUACUUUGACAAUUUAGCAUUUUUCCUUCCAAUAAGUUCAGUAGGAGGAGGAUUUAGGAAGCAAAGUCAGGAGACUUUUGGGUCUCGGCGAGCACGUCAAGUGUGGAGGGGUGGUGGCCCCUUUGUGAAGAAGGACUCACCCACACUCGUAGCCGAAGUAUUUCAAAAGCUUGGCUAUGUAGAUGAGGUGGAUGCUGACUUGAAGGAGCCUAUGUUCUGCUUCCUCAAUCGAGCGGCAAAUAAGUACCUACUGCGGCAGGUCGGCAUGUUGCCUGGAUCUGGUGACAGCCGCUCGGACAUUCUACGAAAGCUGCGGGGUGCAUUUCUUUCGAAUUUAUCUAGUGGCCAGUGGCAAGUUAACAAGAGGGACGACGUUGGUGAACUGCACGACACCACGCUCAUUCUGAGGAAAGCAGAGUUGCUGGCUCAGAAUGGUGCCCCAUUUUCUCGUGAAGAGAUCUUUGCAGCGAUGCAAGUCUACGCUCAAAAAGAAGGCUUGCAGCUGAUGCAAACGUACGAUGCCUUGGCCCUCCGAAUCCGGAUUCACAAUCAAGCGGACCCAACAGCAAGACAGUUGAUUGAAAUAGAGUUUAUUGGUGAGUCUGUAGCUCUGGGCUUCGUCCCUUCCGCCACUGCAACGGUUCGAGCGGAUGAGAGGAUGUUAACCUUUGCUAUCAACAACACCGCCUUUCGGGAGCUGGUGGAUGAGUUCCCAGAGGAGAAGCAACGGCUACUGGACUUGGUGCAGAAACGGCAGGAGGCUCCUGCGCGGCGGCGCAGCAGCAGAAACGUCUUCAACCAGGUGUUGGCGGUGACGGCCAUGCAGAGAAUACCUGACGCUGAGGUGACGCCAGAGGAGGAUGCCGCAGAGAGCAUCCCACCUCGUCCUGUGAAGCGUCUGCCAGGCUAUCGCAGCGGCCUGAACUGGGUGAGGCAGCGCAAGGCGGCACUGGAAGAUGCCAUGUAUGUGAAGAUGGAGCGAACGAUUCGGAGCGGGAAGCUUGAAAGGUGCUCUCCCAGCCCUCGAGCGUUUGAGCCGUUGCUGCCAUUGCAGGGCUAUCGGGUCCAAGAGGUUGGACCAGGCACUGCAUGGAACAGUGCGCCGCAGGCAGUUCCGCCUUCCAUGCUGCGGCUGAAGAAGUCUCAGAGGGUCUAUGGCAGGAAAGUGUGGUUGGAGACCUGCCUUCCGUGGCGGCCCGCGCUGCAGGAUGAUUCCCUGGAAGCCCAGAAAAGCUUGGAGGGAGAAGCCCGAGAGCUGCCCAAACUGGAUGAGGGGCUGGAAGACAAGGAUGGACACAGUGAUACCGGCUCCUUGAGGAGUGUGGGAGACCUCGGCCUUCCGAUGCAGCUGUCACGUUCCCUGGUUUCCCUGGACGACCUCGGCAGCGACGGCCUGGCUUCCGCUUCUUUGUCGCGCUCUCACAGCUUGGGCCUGGAGCACGAGGAAUCGCCACGGGCGGCUGGCCUCAGUUCGCAGCUCAACAAGUGGUACUCCAAUUCGGGCACGUUGCCUGGGCAGGGCGGGCAGGACGGGCGGAAGGCGAUGGAAGGCGAUGGUGGCAUGGCCUGA